AGAUGAAUGAAGCGCAUUCAUGAACCUUAGGCAUCGUUUAUCAGCCUGUCUCAUUAAAUAAGACGCUUUAUCGAUGUUCUACCCGCAAGUACAUUCAUGACUCGUGUAAAAAGUAACGCGGAGGGAAUACAGUGAGAACAUGAAUGGAAGAUGGAAACUUAUAUACAAAGUCUCCUCAACUGUGUUGCACGAGGAUCGUCAACAGCUCGAAGAGCCACAGCUCAAGUGCUCUCGGCAAGAAAAGCCGGUUCUACACGCGGCGAGUUCUCCCGGCGGGACACAACAGAGGGUCGUCCCAUAAAAAUGCGAGGCGCGUACACUAUCGCGAUGCUCAUCCGCCGUAUUACGAUGCGCCGCACGGCCGUACAUGGGACGUGUAUGAUAGGCGAUCUUUUCUCUUUAGGCAAAGGAAGAUUCUGAUGCUACAAGAGCUCAACGUCAGAAGCGAACGCGACAACUAUAACCAGAACAAACGUCUCGUAAUUGUCAAGUCGAGGAGUAAAUCACUGACCAAAAUCAUGUACACCAAUGCCUACACUAAUUCCCAUUAAACGAGGAAGACGCUUCUUCCCUGCCUCAAGAUACGUCUGCGUGAAACGACUCCCCCGCUGAAUCGUGCAUAAAAAU